CUUUCUUUCUUUUAGUGUCAUCUGCAGGAGUCUAGCGAAUAGCAACUAUGGAAUAAAAAGAAAAUCACCACUUCAAAACUUGCACCUGGUUUCCCGAAGCAUACAUCAUCCCUACCACCCAAGUUUGAAAUUUCAGAGACGUCCAUUGAGGAUAUCCCUUCAGCAGUUCUCUUCUCUUAAUCGUCUUCCCCUACGCAAAACAAAACUUUUAAAUGUAAAAUAUGGAUACCAGUCCUACAGGAACUUUUGGCUAGCUAGACUGGCAUCAAGGCUUCUCAAAAUUCGCUAUCUUAUAUUGGGGUCUGCUGUAGGUGGUGGUUACACAGCUAAGAAGACAUACGAUCAGUGGAAGGACAUGAUGCCUGAUCUUGAUGAAUAUAAGUGGAUAAUUCCUGACUUCAUCUGGGAGCUUGAUGAGCAUAUUGACUUAGAAAAACUUAUCAAAGCCCUUCCUGAUGCCGAUGACCUUGCCAAACUUCUGCCUGACUUUGAGAAGAUUGGAGAGAGCUUCACCUCACUGAAAGGAAUUUUUUCUCCUGGUUACAAUUUGGUUAGUGAAGUCAUAGGAGCUUCUGAUCUACUUCUGUUGUUAGGUACUCCAGGAGAAACAGCAUUCAGAGCUACAGACCAGGGUUAUGACGGUGACAAACAGUACAAAAAGGGCCUGCUUGGUGAACUCAUUCUGUUACAACAACAAAUCCAGCAGCACGAAGAGGAGGCACGCAGAGCCGCUGGCCAAUACAACCCGGGCUCGUACCAGCAGAAGCGAAAGGUUUCUGACAAAGAGAAGAUUGAUCAACUUCAGGAAGAGCUUCUGCGCACUCAGCUGAAGUACCAGCGGAUGCUUGAGCGAUUAGAGAAAGAGAACAAAGAAUUAAGAAAACUGGUACUGCAAAGAGAUGACAAAGGAAUUCAUCAGAGAAAGUUAAAGAAAUCUUUGAUUGAUAUGUAUUCUGAAGUACUUGAUAUCCUGUCUGAUUAUGAUGCCAGCUAUAAUACUCAAGAUCACCUACCUCGAGUGGUAGUUGUUGGAGAUCAAAGUGCAGGAAAAACAAGUGUGUUAGAGAUGAUUGCUCAAGCCCGAAUAUUCCCUAGAGGGUCUGGAGAGAUGAUGACACGUUCCCCUGUCAAGGUAACCCUUAGUGAAGGUCCUCACCACGUGGCUUUAUUCAAAGACAGCUCUCGGGAGUUUGAUCUGACCAAAGAGGAGGAUCUUGCAGCUCUGAGGAACGAGAUAGAAAUCAGAAUGCGAAAUAGUGUGAAGGAGGGGUGCACUGUUAGCACUGAGACUAUCUCCUUAAGUGUGAAAGGUCCUGGUUUACAGAGAAUGGUAUUGGUUGAUUUACCUGGAGUCAUUAGUACUGUGACAUCAGGUAUGGCUCCAGAUACAAAGGAAACAAUCUUUAGCAUCAGCAAGGCCUACAUGCAGAAUCCAAAUGCCAUCAUCCUUUGUAUUCAAGAUGGAUCCGUGGAUGCAGAACGCAGUAUUGUCACAGAUUUAGUCAGCCAAAUGGAUCCCCAGGGAAAAAGGACAAUUUUUGUGCUGACUAAAGUUGAUCUUGCUGAGAAAAAUGUGGCUAGCCCAAGCAGGAUCCAGCAAAUAAUUGAAGGCAAACUCUUCCCAAUGAAAGCUUUGGGUUAUUUUGCAGUUGUUACUGGAAAAGGAAACAGCAGUGAAAGCAUUGAAUCUAUUAAAGAGUACGAAGAGGAAUUUUUUCAAAAUUCCAAGCUGUUGAAAACGUGCAUGCUGAAGGCACACCAAGUAACAACAAAGAACUUAAGUCUUGCUGUGUCAGAUUGCUUUUGGAAAAUGGUGAGAGAGUCUGUGGAGCAGCAAGCAGAUGCUUUUAAAGCCACACGUUUCAAUCUUGAGACAGAAUGGAAGAACAAUUACCCCCGGUUGCGAGAGCUUGACAGGAAUGAACUGUUUGAAAAAGCAAAGAAUGAGAUUCUUGAUGAAGUCAUAAGUCUGACUCAGGUCACACCGAAACACUGGGAGGAGAUUCUUCAGAAGACAUUAUGGGAGAGGGUAUCUACUCAUGUGAUUGAGAAUAUCUACCUUCCAGCAGCACAGACAAUGAACUCAGGGACAUUUAACACCACUGUGGACAUCAAACUGAAGCAGUGGACUGACAAGCAACUGCCAAAUAAAGCAGUAGAGGUGGCAUGGGAGACUUUGCAAGAAGAAUUUUCCCGUUUCAUGACAGAACAAAAAGGAAAAGAGCAUGAUGAUAUCUUUGAUAAACUGAAACAAGCUGUCAAAGAAGAAAGUAUUAAACGCCAUAAAUGGAAUGAGAGAGCAGAGGAUAGUCUGCGAGUGAUCCAGCACAAUGCCUUAGAAGAUCGGUCAAUAUCUGAUAAACAGCAAUGGGAUGCAGCUAUUCAUUUUAUGGAGGAGACUCUCCAAAGUCGUCUCAAGGACACUGAAUCUGUUAUUGAAGAUAUGGUGGGUCCAGAUUGGAAAAAGAGGUGGCUGUACUGGAUAGGCCGCACCAAAGAACAGAAUAUACGUAAUGAAACAAAAAAUGAACUUGAGAAGUUAAUCAAAUGCAAUGAAGAACAUGCAGCAUAUCUGGCAAAUGAUGAAGUGACAACUGUCAGAAAGAAUCUUGAAGCAAGAGGAAUAACAGUGGACCCGUGUCUGAUAAAAGACACGUGGCACCAAAUUUAUAGAAGGUAUUUCCUGAAGACUGCUUUGAACCACUGCAACCUUUGUCGAAGAGGUUUCUAUUACUAUCAACGACACUUUGUAGACUCGGAGCUUGAAUGUAAUGAUAUUGUCCUCUUCUGGCGGAUACAGCGAAUGCUGGCAAUUACAGCCAAUACAUUGAGGCAGCAGCUUACUAAUACAGAAGGUAAAGCUCACAGUGAGUUAUUUGAAAUUAAAAAAAUGUUUUACAAAGGCUUUUUUUAG